CCCAUUAUGCACCGAAUUCAACAUGGAGCUAAUGGCGUUUAUGAAUUGCACAAUUCUGCCCGGAAUGCUUUGUGUAUAUUUUUUAGAGGACGUUGCCAUAAAGAUACUUUUAUUUUGCCAGCGUUUUUCAUACCGGCAUGGAAGAAAAACAGCUGAAAAAACACUUUUUCUUAUUUUUGGAUUUAUUGAAAAAAUUGUCCAAACCGACCGAUCAUGUUGAAAUAGUGAAUGCAAUGCGAUGAAUUGCAAUGCGAUCUUCGAGAUUUCGCGAUAAUGUAGAGAAGAGAAUGU